UCUGCGCUCACUGGAAAAAGAGUCACUAGCCAAUCUCAAGGAGCCAGUCUCAAGGACCAGUCUCUGGGAUCCAAUAAAAAAGUUUUGGAGGCUAUUGAGAAUGGUGUUGCAACAACAAUAGCCUCAAUAACUCAGCCUUGCUGCUUUCUCAGCUUACCACCACCGAAUUCUGCUCCUUUGCAGACCAGCUCUGCACCACCGACUUCUGCUCAUCUGCCAGUGCAACAUUUAAUGAAGUCUGUAUGUGGACAUCACCCAAAAAUCCCAGGGGGGGAACAUCUUACUGCAGAUGGCUACCCAGAGGAACUAGUCAUAGAUGAAAAAGAGUUUCUGGAUCAGUCAUAUGAUUAUGAUUUCAGACACUUGACUGAUUCCUCUGCGUGUAAACGUGGUGGUGAGCCUUACAUGCGCCCCGCUGGCUGGUACCGUGUUGCCCUGAAGGUCCGGGGUAAAUUUGAAGAUGACGUCUGGCUGGGCGCACCAGGGUGGAGGAGAGAAUCCUCACAGGAUGAGUGGCCUGUGUGUUUUCAUGGAACCUCAUUUAAAGGAGCGGAAGGCAUCAUUGAGAACGGAUUCAAACCAGGCCCUCGUGAGUUAUUUGGAAGAGGAGUCUACUCCACCCCUGACAUCAACAUAGCUAACAGUUAUGCCACAGAGUUUGAAUCAAAAAAGGAUGGAAAGAGAUACAAGGUUCUACUGCAGAACAGGAUUAACGAUAAAAAGAGAGAAAAAUGUAAAAGAAAGGACUACUGGCUAAUUCCCAUUCCUAAGGGAACACCUGCAGAUAAGGAGCAGGACAUUAUACAUCAUUCAAUUCGUGCCUAUGGUGUAUUGUUCAAAGAGAUAAAAAAGUAA